AUGGAUCACAUCGCGACACACGGGCGGGGAGAGGAGGCACCUCUAAGGACGCUGGGCAACGUCCGUCUGAGGGACGAGGCUACCAACGAAAUCAUCCUGAUCCCAAAGCCUUCUGCAGACCCAAGUGAUCCCCUGAACUGGCCACAAUGGUACAAAUACUACAUGGCGGGGUUGAUCUGCGUGGCCAUGAUGAUGUGCAAUUUUCUCGCGGCGGGCCCCUCAAUAGCUCUUCUAGAAACGGCGUUGGAGUUCUUCCCAGCCGCCGCCACGGACGAUGCUGCUCUCUCGCUCGCGAUCUCGCAGACUGCGUACUUUUUCACGACGACUGCGCUCCUCCAAGGCGUGGGGAACUUCUUCUGGGUGCCCAUGGCCAACAAGUAUGGCCGACGCCCAGUGUACGUCGCUAGCUACAGCAUCUACUUCGUGUGCACGAUAUGGCUCAUCUUUGACCACUCGUACGCCGGCUUCCUUGCCGGGCGGAUCUUGAUGGGAUUCGGAGCUGGCGCCGCAGAGACGAUUGCCCCUAUCUCCAUCGCUGAUGUCUUCUUCCUGCACGAAAGAGGAACCAUCAUGUCUCUGUAUACCUCAUUUCUGUCCGCUGGAGUUGGUUUUGGACUGGUGAUUUCUGGUCUCAUUACCAUCAACCAUGACUGGAGAGUGAUUUACCAGGUUUCCGCCGCGUUGAUUGGCGUCGUUCUCGCGCUCGCUUUCUUCACCUUCCCAGAGACAGCCUACGAGCGAGACGAAGCGAGCAACUGGAACCGAAUGGCAUCGAUUGACGCCAAUAAGCCCGGCUCGAUGGGCUCUGAGAGCGAACUGGCUCCCCGCUACGCGGACACGUCGAUUUCUCGCUCUCGAAAGACAUCUUACCUGUCGUCCCUGAAAAUCUUCCACAAAACCUUGACUGAGGAGAGCCUGCUGAAGCUGUUCCUCCGGCCCCUGGGUCUAAUUAUCCUCCCUCCUGUGUUGUGGGCAGCGUUGGUGCAGGCUGUGACUGUUGGCUUCCUCGUUGCUGUGUCCUCGAAUAUCGCUUCUGCCUUCAACACCGCGUAUGGAUUCGAUGCGUGGCAGAUCGGCUUGUGUUUCAUCGCCGGCAUCAUUGGAGCCGUGGCCGGCAUUCCGGCCGGCGGACACUUUGGAGACAAGGUUGCCGACAUGUUCACGCGGCGGAAUGGCGGCAUCAGGUAUCCAGAGAUGCGACUCCCCGCCAUGGCCAUCUCCAUGGUCACGACUCCUCUGGCCCUGGUGCUCUACGGCGUUGGAAUCGAGAACCAGCUGCACUGGAUCUGUCCCACCAUCGGGCUAGGACUCUUGACCUUCUCCAUCUCCCAGGGUACCAACAUCGCAACCGUGUACGUUAUCGACGCCUACCGACCAAUCACCGGAGAAGUGACUCUCUCGGUCAUGGGCUUCAAAUCACUCUUCGGCUUUCUUCUGUCCUUCUACACCAACACUUGGAUCGAGAAGUCAGGUUACGUGAAUGCGUUCGGGGCGAUGGCGGGUGUCGCGACUGCCGUACUGGUCAUGUGGGUGCCGCUAUUCGUUUGGGGCAAGACGAUACGACACGAGUCGUGGAGGUGGCCGAUCGUCUCGUAUAUCCAUUGGAGCGAGGACAGGGAGGUUGGAGAGUGA